AUGUGUGUUUCACCAAUUUUACCAGAACCUGCUUUGCUUAAGGCUCACCAUACAGGUCCUCUGUGGACUGUUUUGCAAAUAGUACAGAGUGCUUUACCUGCAUUUUUUGACUGCUUUGGGGAGAGGCAUUUGAUCAGUAAAAGUGAAAUGGUGAGGAUUGAUUUCAAUAGAGAUUUACUGCAGUCAUCAUUCACAGAGAUUGUUACUUCUGUUCUUGACAAGAAGGGAACAGAAGAGGCUGUUAAGUUCUUUAAUAUGUUGCAGCCAUUGCUGAUGGAGAUUCUCUUUUUAGAAGGAUAUAGUGUUGGCUUGAAUGAUUUUGACAUUCCCAAGGCUGUUACUGAAGAUAUAAAGAAGAAGAUUCAGGACAUAUCACCUUUGCUGCUUCACUUGAGAUCAAAUUACAAUGAACUUAUAGAGUUGCAAGUGGAAAGCUACUUGAAAACUGUAAAACUGCCUAUCGUGACUCAUAUUCUAAAGUUAUCUGCUUUGGGUAAUUUGAUAGAUUCUAAAAAUGAUUCAGCUAUCAGUAAGGUUGUUCAACAACUUGGCUUUUUGGGGCUUCAACUUUAUGACCGAGGGAAGUUUUAUUCAAGGAGUUUGGUUGAGGAUAUGAGUUUCCACUUCCAAAAUAAGUAUUCUGUUAAUGGUGUUGACUAUCCUUCUGAGGCAUUUGGGUUAGUUAAGAGCUCCUUUUUUCAAGGUCUGACCCCCUAUGAAGACUUGGUCCAUUCCAAAUCAUCCAGGGAAGUGUUGAUCCGUUCUUCCAGAGGACUUACUGAACCAGGAACUUUGUUUAAAAAUCUAAUGGCCACACUUAGAGAUGUCGUUAUCUGUUAUGAUGGGACAGUGAGAAACCUCUGCAGCAAUUCUAUAAUUCAAUUUCAGUAUGGACAGGUGGACGAAAAUAGUCCUGGAAGUUCUCUUGCUGGUGAACCGGUUGGUGUAUUAGCUGCUACUGCAGUAUCAAAUCCUGUAUAUAAAGCAGUUCUUGAUUCUUCUCAAAGCAACAACUCUUCAUGGGAAUUGAUGAAGGAAAUACUUUUGUGCAAAGUUAACUUCAAGAAGAAUCAGUAG